ACAGUUUAAACAUUUUGACAGUUUAAAAAAGUUAUAUUUCGCUAAUGUAAAACAUUACCGUACAUAUUAUGUAUAAAUCCAAGAGAUAGAUAAAUAGAUAAUUAAUAAUGUAGGUUUGCAAUGCUAUUUAUGAUUCCAAUUCAAAAUCAUUACAAUAUAGAAAAUUUACUAGGUAUCGUAAUAUAUUGAUGACACUACAAGCAAUCUCGACAAGCAAACAUUUUCUUGAGAAAACACUACUACUGUCACUAUAAGUUUACAAAUCUUAAUACGGAUAUAACCAUGGGUGAGGCUUAUUUUAAUCUCAAACAGAAGCUCGAGGAACUAGGCUAUAACAACACUUUGCCCUUGGAAGCAGUGCCAUUAGUAGAAUGUAUAUUAGCUGAUCUUCUGCAAACUACGCGUAGCCUGCAGAACUACAUGGAUUUAUCUAAAGAAGCAUUGCAACAGCGCGAUUCACUCGUUUUACAAGCCGAACCAUACAAAUGCGAUAAUGCGAGGCUCAUCCAGGAAAACAAUAAAUUACAUAGAGAAAUAAUGGUAUUAAAAGAAGAGAAUUUGAAAUAUUCUAAAGAGAUCAAAAGAAAAACAAAAGCAUUGUCUGAAGAGCUUAUCAAAAAGGAUAAUACAAUCAGUAGACUUCAGCAUGAGGUGCGUGAUUUGAGUUUAAGAGGAUUGUGUGCUGAAACACAAAGCAGUCGUAAUAAAAAUAAGAAAAAAGAUUUUGAAACAAAUUUUAGUAAGAUAUGUGUUUGCAAUAACACUAGAACAACUAAUCCAGAAAAAGAUAUCAAUAAUUUAGCAGAAAAAAUAUUGCUAUUAGAAGUAAAAAAUGAGGAGCUCUGUGAUGAAAUAGUGUUGCUUAAAAAUCAAGUUGAGCAUAGAGAUAAUGAAAUUAUUAGGCUAAAUAUUCUUUUAGAGGGUGGUAGACCACUGGCAGCAAUAAGUAAGGAUUGUUGUAAACCUAGUACUGACAGCCAGAUACAAAGUUUAAUCAAAGAGUUAAGGGAAAUAGAAACUGAAAAUGAAACAUUGAAAAAAGAUGUUCAAACUGGUUUAGAAAAACAACAUGAAGCUAUGCUCCGAGCUCUGACCUUAGCAGAGAAAUACAAAGUUCUUCAAGAAGAGCUCAAGAAGGUGGAUUUGUUAGCUCUUAAAGUUGAAGAGGAUGCCAACAAAAAAAUUUCAAUUCUAACCAAUAAAAAUAAUAUCUUACAAACAAAAGUUGAUUCAUUACAUGUAAGAAAUUUAGAACUAGAAAAACAAAUUUCAUCCUAUCAGAUAAGAGAAAAUUCAGCUACUGCACGAAAGCUAGAAGACUUUUUAGAAAGUAAUAAUAAAGAAAAUGAAAAAUUAAAACUUGAGAAUAUUAAUUUAUUACAACAAAAUAAAAAGCUACAGGAAAAAUUAUCCACUUUAAAUAAAUCAUCCCAUAGUGAUCACAUAGAAUGUACAAAGUGUCCAUCUAAAUAUGAAUUACAAUCCCUUCUUGAGGAAGAAAGAAAAAAGUAUGAAAAAUACAUUAUAAACAUUCAGGAGAAGAUGACAAAUACUAUUGAUGAUUUGAAUAAACACUUAAAUAUAUGUAAAGAUAAGCAAAGUGCAAAUAACACAAGAUCCCAUGAAACUGAAUUUAUUCGAGAUUUACACACCAGACUUUGUGAAAGUGAACAAAAAAUACUAAUGCUAAAAAAAGAAAAUGAUGAAUAUAAACAUGACCUUAUCUACCAGCAGAAAAGCAAUAAAGAAAACUAUAAAGAUGUAAUUAAUCAAUUGAAUAAUGAAAAUGCUGAUUUGUCCAAAGAAAAUAUGGCUCUUAAUCAACAACUAAGUGUGUAUAAAAAUAUGAAUUCAGUUCGACAUUCUAAUAGCGGUGAUAAUUCAAAAAAAGAAAUUGAAAAAUAUAAAGAUAAAAUAAAAGAAAUGGUACAUGAGAUAGAAAUUUUAAGAAAGGAUAAAAAAGAAUACAAUUUCAGGUACCGAGAAGCUAUGGAUUUAGUAGACAAAUAUAAACGAGACUUGGUUCUUAAGCAAAAGGAAAUUGAACAUUUAGAGGAAGAAAACUCUUCAUAUAAAAAAACUAAUCGAACUGGUAGAGCUUCAGCUGACCAUUUGAAAGAAGAAUGCAAUUUCUUAAGAGAACAGAUUAAAAAUUUACAAAGUGAUGUGAUCAAAGAAAAGACCUUAUCAAGUCAAAUAAAAAAUAUUCAAAUAGAAACUGAAAGAAGUACUAAUGAUAUACAAAAUGAGCUAUUAAGUACUCAAAAAAAAUUAAGCCUAAGUAGAAAUACAAUAGAAACAUUAGAAAAUAAAUGUAAGGAAUUACAGUCAGAAAUUAUUUCUUUAAGAAAUGAUAAGAGUAAUUUAAUAGAUUCUAUUAAAAAAGUUGACCAAGAGCGUGAUAAAUUAAUAAUGGAACUGGACCAUAAGACUGAACGUUUGGAUGUGUUUGAAGAGAAGUUGAAAUCUGCAACUUAUGAAACCAGUAAACUUGAAAAUGAAAUAUCUGAACUUAAAAGGAAACUUAAUAUCAACAAAGUAUCAGAACACAAAGUAUUUGAUUAUGAAAACCAAAUCCAGUUCUUGAAUGGUGAAAUCUUAAGAUUGACACAGCAAAUAGAUAAUGCAUUAAUGGAAAAUAAACGUCUCCAGAAUAGCUUAGCCGAUACAAAUGGUACAUUGAAAAUUACUAAAAUUGAACAUGAAAAAUCCAGGAAAGAAGUAGACACUUUGAAACAACAACUCCAACACUAUGUAGCUGAGAUAAGAAGAAUAGAAGAGUUAUUAUCCCAAAAAGAAGCAGAAAGGUCUGAUAUGUUAGAACAAUUUGCAAGCUUAUCUGUUGAAGCAAAUAUAUUAGAAAAUACCAAUCACUCUUUAGAAAGUGAAUCUGCAUCAAAGACGAUGCAGUUGCAGAAUUAUGUUAGUAAAAUUCAGAGCUUAGAAUCAAAGUUAUUGGAUAAGGAGAAUAUCAUAGAUAGUCAGUCAGCACAAAUAGCAGCAAUGGCUUGCAAAGUUAAUACACUAGAAAACGAAAUUAAACUCAUAACAGAAGAAAAAUCUAUAUUAGAACAAAAUGUGUUACACUUAAAGCAGAUGUGUAAUAAUUUACAGAAAAAAAAUGCGAAUUUAACAGAAGUUGAAGCAAGCGAUUCAGAGUUGAGAUUGUAUGAAAACAGAAUUAAAAGUCUAUCUAAGUCAAAAGCCAGUUUGGAAGUGGAGAGAGAUCGGCUGAACGAAAAUUUAGCUACAACAGAAAGAUUGCUUUCAAAUGCAAGAAAAGAAAUUGUAGAAUUGAAAUUAGCACUACAAGAUGCCACAUCAGAAACAAAGUCUCUACAAGACAGUGUAAACAGAAUGAGUAGAAGAGAAUCAGAGAAUCAUGAGAACACCCUCACAAAGGAUGAAUUUGAGCUGCCUUUAAUGUUGGAAGAGAUCCAAGAAGUUAGCCAUGAAGAAGAUGACUACAGUGCACUAUACAGAGAAGAACAUAGGGGAUAUUCAAAGUAUAGCCACAGCAGUACUUUGUAGUGUAUCUACUAGUGAUCAAUGAAAUUAUAACAGGGUGUUUCAAAUUAUUGUUAUGUUGUAAAUAUAUAGAUUAUAUGAAAACCUACAAUAAAUUAAUAAAAUGUGUACAGUAAAAUAUGUACAGUGAAGAAACAUAUUUGAAUAGAAUAAUACAA